AGCAAUCUCUCCCUGGAUCUCAAACAAGGAAAAAGAUAUCAUGGCAGCAACCAGCCCAAUAAAAGCACUUGAGUCAUGUCAACUCACCCCACCCUCCGAAUCACCGGAUUCAGCCGUUGAAGUAUCUCUCCCUCUCACUUUUUUCGACAUUUUUUGGCUUAAAUUUGACCCAGUUGAGCGCAUCUUCUCCUAUGAGCUCACUGAUUUAACCCCUACUAUGUUCAACACAGAAAUCCUUCCCAAACUUAAACACUCCCUCUCUCUUACUCUCCUCCGCUUCCUCCCUCUUGCUGGCAACCUUACUUGGCCUUCACAUGCCGCCAAACCCAUCAUUCUAUACACUCCUAAAGAUGGCGUUUCAUUGGCAGUUGCGGAGUCCAAUAAUAGUGCUGACUUUGAUGAUCUCUCAAGCAAUGAAAUGCAUGAUGCUUUUCUGUCACAACCUUAUGUGCCCAAAUUAUCAACUUCUGAUGUUAACGUAUCUAUCAUUGCUUUGCAGAUCACUUUGUUCCCAAAUAAAGGGUUUAGCAUUGGUUGCACCACUCACCAUGCUGUUCUUGAUGGGAAAUCCUCGAUCUUGUUCAUGAAGGCAUGGGCUCACAUAUGCAAGCAUAAUUCAUGUUUGUUGCCGACUGAGUUAAUCCCUUUUUUUGAUAGAACAGUUGUUCAAGAUCCAGAGGGGAUUGACAUUGAAUACUUGAACAACUGGUCAAGCAUUAAUCAGGCAGGUGGAGUUCAGAUUUCCAAUGCUAGAAGCUUGAAACCAUUUCCAUCUAAAGAAGUUCCAUCAAACUCGGUACGAGCAACAUUCAAGUUUUCCCGAGAAGACAUAAAGAAAUUGAGGAAAAGGAUCCUCUUUCAACUUGACAAGGUCUCUGAUAAAAAAGACACAGAAGCAAUCCAUUGAUCAAGUUUUGCGAUCACACUUUCUUAUGCAUUAGUUUGCCUUGUGAAAGCUAGAGGCCUAAAAAGUGACGAAAAGAUUAAGCUUAUGGCCAUCGAGCCAGCUGCAAUACCGGUUGGGGUUGCUGGGUCAGCCCGAUUCGAGGUUUAUGGGGUAGAUUUCGGGUGGGGGAGGCCAAAGAACGUGGAGGUUACCAGCAUAGAUAGGACUGGAGCUAUUUCUAUGGCAGAGAGCAAAGGUGAAAGUGGUGGCGUUGAGAUUGGAUUGGUUCUGAAGAAAGAAGUGAUGGAGAUAUUUGAGAAUUUGUUUGUUAGUGGCCUUAAACAUGUUUAAGAUACAAAAUCAGGAUUGAUCAAGAACUUGAAUGACCGAGAGCGUGGACUCAUCCGAGUUAAAAAGCAAAUAUUAAAAAAAAAAAUCUAGUUGAACCUAUGGCCCUCAACAACCAUGCUUGCUGGUUAUUGCUUCAAACCAGAGCUGCAGCUGAAAUAAUACCUUGAAAGUGCUAAAAUAGGCUAGGCCAUGCUCUAUUCUAUCUUCAGACGUGGUUGCAACUUGCAUAUGGAAAAGUGUGACAACUUUUCUUUCCGUGAGUUCAUCUCUGCGUGUGAGGUACACGCACGGCUGACACAGCUCCAGCAGUUGCAGUUGGAAGAACCAGCAGCAAAAGCUGCAAACUUCUCUGCACCAGCACCGUGAGCAGCAGCAACCUUUAAGAUCAGCAGCCUGACAGCACUGGAUAGAUGCACUCCAGCUCCGCACCAGCUAGACAGACAGUCUUCCUCCAGCGGCGGUGCAAGCUCUCCCCAACCGUGAGAAGUCCAGCAACCUUGCCUCUUUUGUUGAGUACGCUGCCUAAAUUUGAUUUUGUCUGAGGGAUGCAUAUCUUCUGGGUUUUAAAAGAAAAGACAUGAGGAAGGCAGUAUAGUGUUGUUUCCAAGCUAUCCUUUUUGAUCUUCUAAAGGCAAAACACAUGAUUAGUCAGCAUUUUCAGUAUCUUUAAUUCGGGCUUUUUUCUUUGCUUAGCCCACAUGGUUUCAAGACAAAAGUUUUCUGUUCUUUUAAGCCCAUUUGGUUUUUCUUUUUC